UCUUGCGUGCCUCACUCUGCUGCUGCUUCUGCUGCUGCUAAUCCUGCUACUGCUGCGAAAGAGCUGCCGCGCUGGCUGUUGUGCUGCUGCUAAGGUGCCAUAGAGUAUUGAGACCCUCACAAAGUGCCAUGUCCCUGGAAGAAAAACAAACUUGUUACUAUCGUGUGAUGUUCAGAUGGUUUGCUUGAACUUGACUCAGCUUUGGAUAGCCUUCUUCACAAUGGACUCUGCAUGUGUGGUUGUGUAUUUGCGUUCAUAAAGAUGUUUUUAGACUUUUAGCUGCGAGUUGCUUUGGAGUUUUGCAUAAUUGAAUCUUGUUUACCAUCAGUUGUAACCCUCCACACUUGGUUGGUUCAUCUUCUGCGCCGCGAUCUAGUUCAUUGGAUUUCCUGGUUAUCCUGGUGCCAAAAAUACAUCUGGAAGGGAUUUGGCUGGUACUACCAAUUAUGUACCGAGUGAAUGGAGACUUUGAAAUUUCCAACAAAGCCCUGUGACAUUGUUCGCGAAAGAACAUGCAUCAAAUUGCUUUAGCACCAGCGUGUGCAUCCUGCAAGCUUGCGCUCGAACCCGUUGGCGGCCGUAGCGUUGUGCAUCUACCGUUGUUUGCCAACUAUGGCAUAUGCAUCAGUCUAUCGUUUGUAUAUACAGUAGUAUCUUGUAAAGAUGGUGGGUGACACGGGCUGUUGCGUUUUGCGCGUCACUGUGAGGACCAGUCGACCAGAUAAAUUGUCUCGUUCGCCUGGCUUUGUCUCGUCGCGGGCGUCCGUUUUAUCGCUCCAGUCUCCCCUCUAUUUGUUUUGGCAUUUGUGUUCAGGCAUCACCAUCAUCAUGACUAUAAAUAAACAGUGGCGCGAUUUAUCAUAUAAGUCGAGCCUAAGCUUAUCGCGAUGCAGAAGUACGACUGCUCUGUCUGCACAGAUGAGGGUGCGGGAGAAUUUUGCCGCGUAGAGUUUUCUACUAUUGCUUAAACAAAGGGCGUGCUUAGCACCCAGUAGGAGAGGAUUGAGUGUACCUACAGGGCUUCCAUGCCAUUCUAUUAUUAGCUCUGCCAAAGUCUCGAGCUCUGCCACCGCCUCGUCUGGAGCGGAUUGGGCAGCCACGGUGGUGUUUGACUUCGACCCUCUCUCAUCUCUCCCUCUCCCUCCGAAGUCUUGACCCGAGCAAGAAGUAGGCUUCCCCAUGGCUUGCUGUUAGUUUGGGUCGGCACUCAUGUGCAAGGGGCUUUGAUGAUGGUGGAGAGGAAGAGAGAUGAGGGAGAAGCAAUGGCCAUGAACGGGCCGCGGCAGGAAGGAGAAGCAGAAGCCGCUGCGGCACCGGCAACGGCAGUGACAGGAGAGAAGGGAGAGGGAGAGAGGGAUGACGGAGAAAGGGCCGACGGCGAGGAGCGGAAGGAGGAGAGCGAGGAGGAAGAAGAGGAGGAGGAGAAGAAAGACAAGGUGGAGCUGGAAGAGUGGUCCGAGCUAAGGCUGGCGAUCGCGGAGCUGUCCCCGAUCAGCCGGCGCGGCGGCAAGCUGUGCUCCUCGCCUCCCACGCUGCCCUUCCUCGGCCUCUCCCACCUCCUCCUCCGGCUCCUCGAUAAGAUUGGUCCGACAAUGGCAGUGCUGCGGCUCGACGUCCAACGGAACAUCGAGAGGCUGCAGGAGCUAUACUUGCAGGACCCAUCCAAAUACUCCACUCUGACGGCGAUGGUGGAGAAAGAGACCGACGACGGCACCGUGAGGAAGGCCGAUAGCUGUGCAAGGGCUAUUCUAUGGCUCACUAGAUCCAUGGAUUUCUCUGUUGCACUGUUACAGAGACUGGAGGAGGAGGAGGAGGAGGGUUCUGAUCAGCAGAGCCUUGCACAGCUUGUAGAAGCUGCGUACAAGGUCUCUCUCAAGCCGUGGCAUGGCUGGAUUUCUUCCGCGGCAUGCAAGAUCGCAUUGAAACUCAUCCCUGAGAGGGCGAUCUUCGUCGGCUGGCUCAUGGGGGAAAACCAGAGUUACAGUCUCCCCAAGCUCGAGAUUGAGAAGCUCGUCCAGCUGCUCCAGCCCUUUCUCGACGACAUCCAUGCCAUGCUGGCCAAGUUCAAACUGGACAGGCUGAAGUCGACCUGAGGGUGAAUGCUAAGAUGGUCUCCAUUUUCAAAUUCCACUUCUGUGAAUACCGCCUUGGUUUGUAUGCGUACAUGUUUCUCUUUUUUGAGCUGCCCGUGCUCGUGCGCCUCACUCUGUAAAUAGGUCUUCAUGUAGGGUAGGACUAGAUUUGUAGCGCUCCUUGCGGGUACGAGUUCUGCCUAGUCAAUGUACUUGUCCAUCUUUCUACCCUCAGUAAAUUGCAUUUUCCA